UAGCCGGGGGGUCUCACAGCUCACCCGCGGGCUGGGAGGAGCUGAGAGCUGCAGAACAGCCCCUGAAGCACGACCCAACCCCGCCCGCCGUGUAUGAGGCUGGGACGCAGUACGCAGGACCCGCGUCCACAGAGUCACUCCUUCCGAUGUCCCGGCAUGAGACUUCUCCGACAACGGUGCAACCCGCCAGCAACCACCGCCCCAACGCCUGCUGCUUCUGCUGGUGCUGCUGCUGCAGCUGCUCGUGGAACGAGGACCGAGAGCGAGCAUGGAGGGCAUCCCGGGAGACCAAACUGGAGAAUAUCCCAAACUGUGAAGCGUGUGCCAAACCCACGCCAGAGGAGGUGCAGGGCUGGGCACAGUCCUUUGACAAGCUGAUGAAGAGCCCGGCAGGGCGCAAUGUCUUCCGGGAGUUUUUGCGGACUGAGUACAGCGAGGAGAACAUGCUCUUCUGGCUGGCAUGUGAGGAGCUCAAAACCGAGUGCAACAAGCACACCAUCGACGAGAAGGCCAGGAUGAUCUAUGAGGAUUACAUCUCCAUCCUCUCUCCCAAGGAGGUGAGCCUGGACUCGCGGGUGCGGGAGGUCAUCAACCGGAAGAUGCAGGAGCCGUCCUCACACACCUUUGACGACGCACAGCUCCAGAUCUACACGCUGAUGCACAGAGACUCCUACCCCCGCUUCCUGAACUCUGCCAUUUACAAAUCGCUGCUCCAGACCGUCUCCCACUCCUCCUCGGAGUCCUAAGGGCACCCACUAGCCGUGGGGACACAAGUGGGGACAUGGUGGCCAGGGGCAGUCGGUGCCUCUCCCCUCUGCCACCCUCCUUGCCAGACCUCACCAAGUUUUUAGCUUUUUACCUAUGAACUGUCACCCCGGUGUCUGGGUCACACUCCAGGACUGUCCCCAGGACACAGCCUGGGCCAGCUCAUACUACUGAUUGUCUGCCCCGUCCCCAGCGCUGGCCAGAGCGAGCUGGGACAGUGCCUGGGGCCUGGCUCCCCCCACACCCUGUUUGGAAGAGGUCACUUUAUCCCAUCUCCACCACACCUGGGGACACGGCUCGUCCCCAUUUGCCACCUGAGACCCAGUUGGGGACUGGGUUGGGGGUUUUUUGAGGUGGGGGGGAGGUUGACUGUCGUUGGUUU